AAGUGACGACUGGUUGAUAGUACGUUGUAGCUUGAGCAAUUUAAUACUUUGUGAAAUAUUGGAAGAAAAUUAUUCAGUUUCUCAACUUAUAUUCUCCAAAAAUAGAUAUUUCACAACGAACCGAAUCGCAAAAAAAGUUUAAACGAUCUUAAACCAAAGUACAUUAGAAUAAGAUAACAGCAUACGACAACUUAAUAUUUUAAAAGGUUAAUAAAAUAUGGAUAUAACACCGGGUCGCGCCCCAUUUACUGAAGAUGAAGACUAUACGCCAUUGCGCAAGCCAAAGUCGGCGAGCAAUACACCAACACACGGCGCUACGUCACAUUCGUUAACUGUAAAUUCCAGCGACGCUUAUGGUCGCACCGUAUCGCCAUCCAAAUUAUCACCAUACGCUAAAGAGUUCGUGCCUCGCUUUGGUGGUAGCGGUAGCAACUCUGCGGUCGGCGCGCAGGAGAGGUUAGAACGUCAUCAGCAGCAGUACAAUCAACAAAAUUAUCAACAAUAUCAGCAGCAGCCGACACGUCUACAACGCUACUCAAAUGGUUACCAACAAAAUCACCAUCAUAGCCAUAAUCAUCAACAAUAUGGCCAACAAAUUACCACGCUGACUGCCUCUGUGCAGGAGCGUUUAAAGAUAGGAGCCGGAUGUAGCAACAGUGGGAGCAAAAAUACUGCCAAUAAUUUUUACAACCAACCACAGCAACACCAACACCAUCCCAAACAUAACAAACAUCAUAAUCAACAUCACCACAAUCAGCAUCACGGUGGGCAAGGCCGCUAUCAACGGCACAAUAAUUCCAGUGCAUCCAGCUCAACGGCUAGUAGUAGUAAUUCUGGCUCAGAUGUAGAAACGAUUGCACUCGACUAUUUGCAGACUGUUAUUCAAUGUCUUAAUCAAAAUCCUGGACAAUUUGAUACAAUUGCCACGCGAUUCCUAACUAUAUUCGAGGGAAUGGAGAAUAACCAAUAUGUGCUGUCAAAUGCCAUGGAAGACAUAUUCAAUGAAUCCAUUCAGAAUCCUAACUUCCGUUACAUGGGUGCUAAGCUCUAUAACCUUUUGCACAUGCUCAACUUAAAGAAAGACUCUCUUUUCCACACACUUCUCAAGUGCAAGCUGGACUACCACCAACAGGAAGUUAUGCAGUAUAUGCAAACUAAUCAUCAGGCAAAGGUGCGAGAAACUGCGCUUUUCCUGGCCGAAUUGUAUAUGCAGUUGCGCGGUGAUGACACCCGUAUCCACCUAAUUGCAGAAAAUAUUGUUUACUCACUUAAGCAGCUGAUGACGAAGGAGUCCUCUGACAAUAUCCGUUGUAUAUGCUUAACACUGAAAUUGGCUGGUUAUGAUCUGACUGCGGACUGCCCCAAUGAAAUGCGUGAAAUUAUACAGCGUCUAGAUGCUGUGAAUGUUAAGUCGCCGGGAAAAUAUCCGCUGGCGGCAAAUGUUAUCUCGUUGCAAAAGAAUAACUGGGGUCGUAAAGUUAAUUCUCCAACAGCAGAGGUUGAAGCUGUGGCUGCUGCUGCGGCGAAAACUCCCGAACCUUUGCGCAUGAGCGAUGAGCCUAUCUUUUAUGGGCCGGAUGGACAUGAACUAACUGCAGAAGAAACUGACUUUUUGUCUGAUGGGGCAGCGGCUGUGCCGGGAAGUGGUUCUACAGAUGAAGAUGGCGAAGGAGCCGAUCUCGAUGUCGAUUUGGAUCCAGAAAUGGACGAGGAGACUGAGAAAGCUUACAAAGAGUUUUGCAAGCAAAACAUUGCCAGUACAUAGGAAAAGGCAACGCAGGUAGAAUAGCAGUAACGCAUAGCACGUGGAAAAAAAUUGAACUUCCAAAAACUCUACUGAAUAUCUCCGCCAGAUGCAAAGUUGCUCGAAAUUCAUACAAAAAACAAUAUGUACACGGAUAUAAAAGUAUAGUAGCCUGCCACUGUAUUAUUAAGUGUCUAGCUCAUUUCAAAGCAUUUUAUCUAAAGUUAUUGCUGUGAAAUUCUGGACUUUUUUAUAAUUCUUCUUUUGGGAGAUGCUUUACAAUUAGGCUGAAAUUACAGUUGUCGCAUGUGAUGCUAAAGCAAAAUAUGUUAAUAAAUAAAUGUCUUAAUACAUGUAAUAAUAACACUGGUUUACAGAAAAAAUGUUCAAUGGAUGCCACUAUCCAAUUCCUAUUGCUCUCU